AGAAGUGGAAGUAUCCAAUUUCAAGAGCUUUUUUGUCUCAAGCAAUUUGUGUGAGAAUUUGAAUUGAGGCAAUUUUGAAUCCCAUUUCAUUGUGAAUUUCUUUUCUACUAUAGCUCUGCUUCAUUUUCCAUAUGAUUUCAAUUGAAGCUUCCUGACUCUGUACUAAUAUUAGAGAAAGUGGGGUCAAUUCGAAAGUCCACCGUCUGAUCAGUACUCAAAUUUGAUCGAGUCAAUGUGUCUCAGUGCUUAUAAUCCGUGUACCUGCUCCUGAUCACACUUGCUCACUGUCUCUGUUUGCUCUUUUCCUGUAUGUUUGUGUCCUUCUUCUUCUCCUCCUCCUGCUCCCAAAAAUUCUUUCAUCAUUCCGCCACAACCACGGGACAUUCCGUUUUCUUGUUAAUCACUCCUACUGUCUGUUUUUCCAAAAAACUUUCCUCGCCAUCACCGUCUGGCCGGCUUACAGCUGCUACAGCAGCAAUAAUGGGUAACGUGGCGACUAGAAAACGGCCCGGAUGUCAUCAUCACAUUGGAAGAAAUGAGGAAAAUCUAGACGACGAUGAAGAUGGACCAGCGAAGAAAAGAUUAAGAAUUGGAGAACCGCAGGCUGAAAAUGAAUAUCAAAAGCUCGCCUUCAAAUCUCGUCUACAAAAACUGAAAAAAUGUCGUCCUCACUUGAAAAGAAGAACGUAUAAAGUUGAAGAAGCUGAUCCCCGUCCACCAGUGCCAAGAUUCAUUGUAGACGAUUAUGGUGAUUAUGAAAAACCAGAACCCACACGAAAAGAGUUCGCAAUUCCCUGGUUCGAGCAUCUCUUCCUACCUGAAUUUCCAACUCGAAGUGUUAUCAACGAGAAAAGUUUUGUGUUAGAAAGACAGCUUGGUCGUGGUUCAUUUGGUGUUGUUUAUUGUGCCAGUGCAAUUCAUGAUUCAGAGAGGAAGUUUGCUAUCAAAAUGCAAGAAAAAAGGGAGAUCAUUUCAAAACGAGCCGUUUUACAGGUCAAACGAGAAGCUAGUAUACAGCGUCUUCUUCCUUCUCAUCCAUUCAUCGCCAGAACUUAUUCUACGUGGCAGACACGUACUCAUCUCUAUUCUUUACUACAGUACCCAACUGGUUCAACUGGUGACUUGUUUUCAGUAUGGAGGCAACGGGGAUCUCUUUCAGAAGCUGCUAUUAGGUUGAUUGGAGCAGAGUUAGCAUCAGCUAUUGAUUUCCUACACCAGAAUGACGUGAUCUAUCGAGAUGUAAAACUGGAAAAUGUAGUUCUAGAUCAAUGGGGUCACGCCUUGCUAAUUGAUUUUGGUUUGGCAAAAAAGCUGAAACAAGGUUCUAGUACCGGAACAAUAUGUGGAACAUUACAAUACAUGUCACCUGACGUGGCAUCUGGUGGAACAUAUUCUCAUUAUGUUGAUUGGUGGUCAUUAGGUGUACUCUUGCAUAUUUUAUUAACUGGAAUAUAUCCAUAUCCAAAUUCAGAAGCCACACAUCAUGCUAAUUUAAAAUUCAUUGACUACAGUACUCCUAUAGGAUGUUCACGUGAAUUCGCCAACCUUAUGGAUAGAAUGUUAGCAGUUUCCAUAACCCAUCGUUUAUGCUCAUUCACUGUUCUUCACGCCCAUCCAUUUUUCCGAUCCAUUGACUUUUCGAAAUUGGAACAAAAAGAUUACACACCUGCAGCGGAAAUUGGUAACGCUGAAUAUGAUACUUAUCACAAAAGUGAGGACGCGUUGGAUGAUGCUUUGUUCAAGGAAAAUUAUGAUUUCGACCGUUUUGACUAUUUCAAUGAUCGAUUCUAAUGUGAUGCAUAUCGAUUUGAGGGUUGGAAUGAAAACGAGCUCUUUUUAUUGCUCCGUCACUCUCUUUUACUCUGUGAUAAAAUACCCUGUUACCAUCAUCAUCAAUUCACUUUUCUGUAUGAUACGGGCGCUAAUAAAUAUUUUACAACAUGCU